GAGAGGGUGGCCGAGCUUUCGGGGGUCCCCCCCGAGGACCAAAUCAAGGAGAGGGUGGCCGAGCUUUCGGGGGUCCCCCCCGAGGACCAAGUGCUGCUCCACGCCGGGACCCCCCUGGAGGAUGAGGCCGCGCUGGGGCAGAGCCCCCUCCCCGAAUUCACCACCCUGGACCUCUCCACGCGCCUGCUGGGCGGGAAGGUGCACGGCUCGCUCGCCCGCGCCGGCAAAGUGAGGGGCCAGACCCCCAAGGUGGCCAAGCAGGAGAAGAAGAAGAAGAAGACGGGGCGGGCCAAGCGGCGCAUGCAGUACAACCGGCGCUUCGUCAACGUCGUGCCCACCUUCGGCAAGAAGAAGGGGCCCAACGCCAACUCCUGAGCCCAAUAAAGGAAUCUGGGCUCAAUUCCCGCCAUUUUGGGGCGUUUUGAGCUGUUUUUGACGCUUU